AGCCAAAACAUCAAUUAGUAUUUCGUCUGCUAACAGUUGAGACCACCAAUCAAAAUGCCGAGCCCUAUAAAAGACUUUAUUGCUGGUGGUUUUGGAGGAGUUUGUUGUGUAAGUGCAGGUCAACCUCUUGAUAUGAUUAAGGUUCGAAUACAGACUAUGCCAAGACCAUUACCAGGCCAAUCACCACUUUAUAAAGGAACAUUUGAUUGUUUUACCAAAAUAGUUAAAAAUGAGGGUUUCCUCGGACUAUAUAAAGGUAUGGCAGCCCCACUUGCCGGUGUAGCUCCUAUGUUUGCAAUUUGUUUUUUUGGUUUUGGUGUAGGUAAACGUCUACAACAAAAGCAUCCUGAUGAUGUAUUAACAUAUUUUCAGUUAUUUAAAGCUGGUAUGGUAGCAGGUGUAUUUACAACUGUUAUAAUGGCACCAGGAGAACGAAUUAAAUGUCUGUUACAGGUUCAAGCAGCACAAGGAAAAGGUGCCCCUGUUAAAUAUAAUGGUCCAAUGGAUUGUAUUAAACAAUUAUAUAAAGAAGGUGGUAUUAGAAGUUUAUAUAGAGGUACUGGAGCUACAUUAUUAAGAGAUUUACCAGCAAGUGGGAUGUAUUUUAUGGUAUAUGAAUGGUUACAACACAUAUUAACACCACAGGGUGGAAGUCGUAGCGAUUUAAGUGUUGGUAGAACAUUAGUUGCUGGUGGUGUGGCUGGUAUAUUUAACUGGGCAGUAGCUAUUCCUCCUGAUGUGUUGAAAUCUCGAUAUCAGACAGCUCCAGAAGGUACAUAUCCUAAUGGUAUUAGAGAUGUUUUCAAACAAUUGAUGAAGGAAGAAGGAAUAUUAUCUUUGUAUAAAGGAUUUACACCUGUAAUGUUAAGAGCCUUUCCUGCUAAUGCUGCAUGUUUUAUGGGCUAUGAAGCUGCCAUGAAGACAUUGAAUUAUUUAGCACCAAAUCUGUGAUAGACGAUUAUUGUAGGUAGAAUUAUUAUGUGUGUGCAGCAAUCUGCAAUUCUAUUAAAACACUGCAGCCAUUGAAUCAGGUUUAAUAAUAACUGAAUGAUAGAAUGAAUGAUUUUAAUCGUAAUAAAGGCAAUGAAAAUAAAAUGAAAUAGAGAGUCUAAUUGAAGAUAGUGUGGUUGGUUUAUAAGCUUUUUUAAAUGAAAUUUAACAGAGGAAGAUAUGUAAACAAAAGAAAGAAUUAGAUUAGGGUAUGUGUGAUUUAUCAGAACUUCUGUAAUAAUUAUUUUUUUGCAUUUCAUGCUAGUACAGACCUGUAUGUAAAUUUGUUUAUGAUCACAUUCUAAUUAAAUCUCCUUGUUGUAUAUUUCAACAUGUAUAGUUUUCUUAUUCUUAAAAUUGUAUUUACAAUAAAUAUUAUUUACUUAUUCG